UAUCAGCUCUUGUUCUCAUGAUCCCAGGUGCUUCAUUUAAAUGGCAUCAAAUUGCUUCACUGCCACCCUAUAAAAAGUCUCGGCAAAUGCCAGCUCUUCAGAGUCUUGGCUUCUUCCAGUGUUGCUCCUGCCAGGAAAGAAGAUUUUGAAAAACUAUAGCAAGAUGUGUGACCAGCAGAAGCAGCCACAGUUCCUUCCAUCUUGUGUGAAGGGUUCCGGACUGGGAGUGGGCCAAGGUAGUGAUGGCGCCUCUGGGAAAGGCCAGGUUUCAGGCCAAAUCCAAGCUGUUGGUGCUCCAGGGCCUGCUCCCUGCCAGCCUCAAACCAUUGUGAGAUACUCAGCUCCAGUUCCUGCUCAAACUUAUGUGAAAUACCAAGUUCCGUGCCAGACCAAAACCUACGUGAAAUGCCCAGCUCCCUGCCAGACAUACGUGAAAUGUCCAGCCCCAUGCCAGACUACUUAUGUGAAGUGCCCAGCCCCAUGCCAGACGACCUAUGUGAAAUGUCCGGCCCCAUGCCAGACGACCUAUGUGAAAUGUCCGGCCCCAUGCCAGACAACUAAUGUGAAGUGCCCAGCUCCAUGUCAGACGACCUCUGUCAAAUGUCCUGCUCCCUGCCAGGCUCAGACGUAUUACGUCCAGUAUCAGGUUCCUUACCAGACCUACUAUACUCAGGCUUCUUCAAGUGGCUCAGGAUCUCAGGGCUGUGCUCCUGACCCGUGCUCUGCUCCCUGUUCCACCAGCUACUGCUGCUUGGCUCCCCGGACCUUUGGGGUGAGCCCUCUGAGACGUUGGGUCCAGAGGCCCCAAGGAUGGAACACAGGAUCUUCUAGCUGCUGUGAGGACUCUGGGUGCUGCAGCUCUGGAGGCUGCGGAGGCUGUGGGGGCUGUGGGGGCUGUGGCUGCAGUUGUGGCUCUGGGUGUUGCUGUUUGGGAAUUAUUCCCAUGAGAUCCAGUGGUCCUGCAUGCUGUCACCAUGAGGAUGAUUGCUGCUGUUAACACAAAAGAACUGUUCUGCUUCCAAAAUGUCCCUCCUUCUAUGUCUUCUGGACUUUACCCAAACCCAACAACUGCUUCCCUAGUUCUUAACUUUGCUCCUCUAUCAAGGCAUCCUGCCAGAGUUAGCACAACCCCCAAACUGUGGCAAGAAUAAAGCUCUGAAUGCAAGGCA